AUGUCAAUCAAGACUGUCAACCCUUUGAAACGAUCGCGAAACGAGGACGUCGAGCGUACCUCCAAACGCUCCAAACCAGCUCAAACCGUGUCGAAAGCUUUACCGCUAUCGACUUCAGAAUCCGAUGUCAGUUCGAAUGGACAGAGCGAAGAUGAGAACGAAUCAGCCAGCGACGAUGACGACGAGGAAAAUGACGAGGAGGACCCCGAAGCCGAAAGACAAGCCAUGCUCGCCGCACUAGAAGCUCAUGGACGAGCCAUGUUCACAAGUCUGGACACCCCUACGGCGGGUCCCAGCACGAUCAAAUCCAGCGAGCAGUCUCAACGGAACAAAACCAAGAACGGGGUAAAGGAGGACCCCAAAGCCGGGAAUAGAAAGCGUUCGAGCAAGGUUCCCGACCUUGAUGGGCUUGAUGGGAUCUUCAGCGAGGACUCGGAGGAGGAUUCGGAACUGGAGGAAGGAGAGGGGUUCGACGAGGAUGAUGGUGAUGAUGGAAUCUCCGACCAGGACGGAGACGACUACGAUGAUGAUGAGGAGAGCGAAGAAGAGGGACUAGAGGAUGAAGAGGAAGAAGUGGAACCAGUAGAAACGGUCGUUUUCGGCGGGAAUACCGGACGAAGCACUUUGGGUACAACAUCCAAAGCAGACUUCAAGCGCUUUAUGUCGUCAAAGUCUUCCAAGAUGAUGGAUGUGAAAAAGCCCGACGAGGACGUUCCGGGCAGACGGAAGAAGGGAUCUGCUGAGGAUCAAGCCGAGGACGAUGAGGAUCGAUCGAAUGCCGCAUUGGACAAGGAGCUACAUGGGCUUUUGAUGACGAGCUUGUUACCGAAUGCUACGACAGCUUCCAAGCCAUCCGAGAAGCGAAAUCAGAUGAGCAGUCGGUUGCUAGAGUUGGCUUCAAUCGCCGGACUAGGCGAAGGGACGUCGACGCUCAAGUCCACGGCGUACAAGACCCAGCCUACCAAGAUCCGGAGCAACAUCCUCAAAGCGCAAGAACGCCGUACCGAGAAGACCCGUGCCGAGGCCCAAGCGUCCGGUUCUUGGGUCAAGGGUUCGGGUGGGCUGGGCGAUAUCGGCAAGGACAAGGGUCUGACGCUGGCAGCGAAGAAGAGGCAGGAGAAGGAGCGGGAGAGGAGGUCCAAGUCGGACGACCGAGGUUUGAGCAUGGGAGUAGGGAGGUUCAAGGGAGGGGUGUUGACGCUGAGCAAGAGCGAGAUUGCGAAAGGUUCGGCUGUGCCGGAAAAGUUCAGCAUUGGCAAGAAGAAGGGCAAGGGAGGGAAGAAGGGCGGGAAGAAGUGA